CUGUCGAUCAUUGACAAAGGGGCGGAGUGAUGUGGAGCCCGCCGAAGCGCAAAAGGAAGGAGGCGGACUCGGGUUUCGAUCUCAGUUAAACCCGCAGUUUUCAGACCCAGCCUCAGCCUUGGGUCGGCUGCGGACCGCUUCGCUCGCUUCCCACUUCCCAGCUAUGAGAGGCGCUGGGGCCUGCCGAGGCCUGUAAGCGAGCGGUCCCGAUGUGUGUGCGCGCCCUCCCCCGCCGCCGGCCUCCCCGCUUCCCCCUGCCAGCUUUUUGAUGUUGUGUGCGUUUGCCCGGCUGCCUCGACAUAAGGAAGGGGCUGCCCGCUCCCUGCGUCAGCCUGUCCUGCGCCGCCCGACUUCAGAGCAAAAGUUUGAGCCGGGGUGGGCCAAUAGCCUGUCACCCUUGCCUCCCCUCCGCUCCUUUGCUGGCCAUGGAGCUGCUGUGUUGCGAGGUGGAUUCGGUGAGGAGGGCGCUGCCCGACCCCCACCUGCUGAAUGACGAGCGGGUGCUGCACAAUCUGCUGGUGCUGGAAGAGCGGUACCAGCCGGCCGGUUCGUACUUCAAGUGCGUCCAGCAGGACAUCAAGCCCUUCAUGCGAAGGAUGGUGGCCACCUGGAUGCUGGAGGUCUGCGAGGAACAGAAGUGUGAGGAGGAAGUUUUUCCUUUGGCGAUGAAUUACCUGGAUAGAUUCUUAUCAAUUGUGCAGACCACCAAAUGCCAUCUGCAGCUGCUUGGAGCUGUCUGUAUGUUCCUUGCAUCCAAGUUCAAAGAGACUAUUCCUCUAACAGCAGAAAAACUUUGCAUUUACACUGAAAACUCCAUCACACCGUGCGAGCUUCUGGAAUGGGAGUUGGUAGUUUUGGGGAAGUUGAAGUGGAACCUUGCAGCAGUGACCCCACCUGACUUUAUUGAACACAUUCUACACAGGCUUACCCUGCCUAAAGACAAGCUGCCAUUGAUCAGAAAGGACGCACACACCUUCAUUGCCCUUUGUGCCACAGAUUUCAAAUUUGCCAUGUACCCACCAUCAAUGAUUGCUACCGGAAGUGUGGGAGCAGCAAUAUGUGGACUUCAGCUUGAUAUUGGCUACUGUUCACUUUUCAACGACAACCUGACGAAACUCCUGGCCAAAAUCACCCACACAGAUGUGGAUUGCCUGAGAGCUUGCCAGGAGCAGAUUGAAUCAUUACUGGUGAGCAACCUGAGACAAAUCCCACAGCAGAGGAACCCUUCAAAGAGGAUGGUUGAACUGGACCAGGCCAGCACUCCCACAGAUGUGAGAAACGUAAACCUGUAAGGCAGCUGGAGUGGAAAUGACCCUGCGUGAUCUUCCCUUUAGGAAUAAAUCUUGUUUCUUUCCAUUUUACGAUGCUCCUACAUAGAAACUAUCUAAAAGCUUCUUUUAGAAAAAAAACUGAUAUUAAAACUCUGGUGCCUAGGGUGUUCUGCAGAAGGGAAUCCCACCAUGUAUGUUUGCAUAAUUGCUAUUAUAUUAUCAAUGAUGAACGUGCUUCAAAAGCAUAAAAUAGCUAGCUAAAUGCAGGACUGUGUAUGUGGGAUCAAAUGACUAGAUAUUUACUGUUCAAUUUUAUGGUGCAUGCACCCUCUUCAGAUUUGAGGAAAUGUCUAUGAUUUGUGGCUCAAUUCAGAUGGCAAAGCUGAAGACAUGGGGAGGGUUGCUGGGAAAUAAUAUUCUCUUAUGAAUGAACCAUCUUCAGUGUAGAAGGAAUUUAACUGCUUUAAGAUAUUGAACCUUGUAUCUUCCUGUGAAAUGAGUUACUGGAGGAUUGCCCUGCAGCAGAUUGUACACUGGGUAUAUAUUUCGCCUUGAAAGUUUGGUGAUUGUCCAGAAAGUCAUUUUCUUUUAAAUCACCUUAAUUUGUUUUUGUGUGAACUUGUCUGUUUUAUCACUCUUCUCUCAAUGUCAUACUUAUACUUGUCUCUCAUUUUUACCUGCUUGUGUGUUACUCUGUUUUUAAUUUAUUUGUGAGAUCUGGGCAUUCACAGCAAGGUUACAAUUUAUUUUAUGCCCCUAACCAUCCUUGAGAAGGUGGCGAAGAGUCAUCUUGAACAGCUGCAGUCCAGAUAGUCCAGGUGCUCCCACAGAAUUGUUACUUAGGGAGUUACUGAAUUUCAGUGAUAACAAAAGGAGCAUUAGUGGCUCUUUCUAAUCUUUUAACUUUGAAAUCAUGUAUUUUCACUUCCCCUGUGUUGGUUUCAUAUUUUUCAUGCCUGUGUUUGUUUCACUUUUCUCCUCUUCAUUUUCUGCAUCUGUUUUUGUUUGUGCCUGUUUCAUUAUAUGUCUCUCUCAGAUUUUGGUUUCUCUCUCAGAAAUGGUUCAUUCUAUUCAACAGCAUUGCUGGCUCCAAUUUAUAAGUGUUUCUCUAGCUGUGGGCCAAAUUUGAGUGCAUCCAGAGAACUCCCUAUCCAACUACCAAUCAGUUGAUUACACUUGCCAUUGAAUCUGCUGAUAGGAAUUUUUUAUUCCGUACUUUGAUCUCCUAUAGAAACCUUAAGUGUUUGACUACCUGAAAUUUUGAAGAAUGAAGAAACCUAAUUCUAUACUUGCAAUUGAAAUAAGGUGUAACAUUUUUCAGAAUUAUAAUUCUCAAUCAUUUAUUAUGCACAAGCAUUGGCUCAAGUUACCAUUAUUGUAAACCAUUUCAUUUGAAAAGCACUUUGAAUAUAUUUCCCAAGGAAUGAAUGGAAUGGUUUAUGAAAUUGAAUUGUUUCCCAGUUUCCGGUGUACAAUGUAAUUAUGGUAUUGCUGUAAAAAGAAACUACUUUGUAAGGAAGACAUUCCAGUUUGGGUUGCAACAUUCCACAGAUGUUCAGUAACUUCAUGUGUUGUCAGUGUCACAGAAGGCUCUUGUGUGCCACAGGUGUGCCAAGCUUUGGACAUUUGGAUGAGAAUCAUUGCUGGUGCAAGAAGCAGCAAAUAUCAUGGUUCAGAACUAGUUGUUAUUUGAGAAAAUUUGUAUUCAGUCUACUUGAAUUCUUCUGCUCCAUCGUUAGGACGUAGUUGGUAGAGUUCGGGAGGUUUAUUUGCACAUGUUUGAUAAUGGUCUUAAAUUUGAAAUUAAAGCUAUUGAUUUAAAAGGUUGGUCUAGGGAUUUGUGAAAAGCUGGACUAAAGGUAUUUUUGAGAAAUAGGUUUUUGCUGAAUUGGAGCAGCCUGACUUGGGUUGAUGGAAUAGAAAAUGGAGUAUGAAUCUUUAAUUGCGCUGCUAUGAAAAGCUAUGAUUUGUUUCAUUCUUAUUCACAUUAACAGUACUUGGCUGUAUUGUUUCACUGAGUGUGCUGCUAUUUUAUAAACAUUUUUAUAAUAUAUUAUUUUACCGCUUAAGUUUCAAAAUCCUGGGAAAAUGAGUGCAUUGAUUUACUGGAAGUGCCCAUGUACGGUUUUUUGCAAUAGCCUUUCAUGAUUUUCUUUUUUUCUGUCACAUUCUACAAAGACUGUAUAGUUACCUCAGGUUUACUGGACAAUAAAAUGGUUUGCAUUUACAAUACCUCACACUUCUACAGUUUUUGGGGAGCUUUGAAGGCAUAAUUGUCUUAAAGAGAUGAGAUUAGCACUCUGUUGUACAUUGCUGCUUCAGCUGAGAGAUGCACAAACAGAUUGCACAGACUUAAAGCUCCCUACUGGGCUCAGUAAUUUUACCAUGUACCUCAUUUACUUUCAGAUGCACAACUCUGUUCUUAAAACUUUUUGCUUUACUGAGUGUGAUGCCAUACCAAUACAAUGUUACUCUCUCACAAUGUGCUCUUGUAUUUUUUCGUGAUUGUUCAUAUGGUUAGGGAUGAGUAGACAGCAUUUAUAGCUUGAGUACAAUGUGGAAAACUUGUGGGGCAGUUGAUGGGUACAAGGCUCAUUUCAAAAGAAUUGUGAAUAAAUAUUCAAGUCUUGUUGGUUCAGUAUGGAAAAGGCUUUUUAUUCAAUAUAUAAUGACCUUAAUUGGAUCAUAGGUGGUUUUAUGGUGUGAGGGGAAAUAGGCAUAUCUAUGGACAAUAAAGUCACUUGGUCCAAAA